CCCGCCGGGAGUCUCCGCCCCCCGGCUUGCCGCCCCAGGCCGGAGAGAGCCAGAGCCGCCGCCGCCGCCGCACUUGCCGCCCCAGGGGAACUGAUAACCUCGCUAUCUGAAGCCUCCGGGGAGGACCGCGCGGCCGCCCCUUUUACCGUCCCGGAGAGGACCGCGCCACUUACUAAGCAUGUCUUCCAGCUCUAACCUCAGCACCAUGCAGCGCCUGGUAGAGCAGCUGAAAUUGGAGGCGGGGGUGGAGAGGAUCAAGGUCUCUCAGGCUGCUGCAGAACUCCAGCAGUAUUGCAUGCAAAAUGCCUGCAAAGAUGCUCUUCUGGUGGGAGUUCCAGCAGGGAGCAACCCUUUCCGUGAGCCUCGGUCCUGUGUUUUACUGUAAUAACAGGGAAGAAAUUCACUGAGGAGUUACCUUCAAGCAUGCAGUGAUUUAACAGCUGCUUCCAAGUCUUAAGAAAAUAUUUUUUGUGUGUGGCCAAACAGUUUUUAGAUAUUUGAAUCCUUUCCAUUACCAACCCCUACAGUCAAACUCCUUCAGGAAUAAAUGAAAUUUUUUAGAUACAUAAAGGAGUAGACUUACAUGUAAUGAUUAACCUCCUUUUUGGGGGGUAAUUCUUGUAAAAUGUUUUAUACUUUAAAAGACGUACAUGGGGCAGCUAGGUGGCAUGGUGUUUAGAGCACCAGCCCUGAAGUCAGGGCUUCAGACACUUAACACUUCCAAGCUGUGUGACUCUGGGCAAGUCACUUAACCCUAAUUGCCUUGGGGGGGGGGGGGGGGGGGGGGGGAGGACAUACACACCAUUUCCACUUCCAACAAAACUACCCAUAACUUAGUUAUGACUUUCUAUAUUUUUAACAGCCUAUUUUUACUUAAGUGGUUACAUUUUAGCAAAGAAAAACAUUUUCUUUUACCAAAAAAAUUAUUCAUGUAACUUGUGCUUAAAGGUUUUUAUGUUCUACCAAGUGUUUUUCUCCCCCUUUAGAAUUUGUAUUUUCUAAGGUAACAUGCCCAAGUGCAGAUUUCUGGUUUUACUAAUCAAGCAGUGUCUUGAUUUUUCUAAAGCAGAAGAUAAAAUAUUUUAUUUUUAACACUAAACAUGGGAGCUAUUUCUUAACUAGUUUGUUUUAAAAGACCAAUAUUGCAUUAUUAAAUUGCUUCAUUUAGAUAUGAUUUAUCCUUGUGUGUUCUUAAGCUUAUUUCAUGGUUCUAUUUGUGCUUAAAGAGGUACUACACUUUAAAAUUUUGGCUUUUGGGGGAAUAUUUAAAGUAUGAUUAAGAGAACAUUAGAAAAUGAAUGUAAACAGAGAGUCAUCAAAAACUACCAAAAUGAGAAAAAAUAUUUCAAUUCUUGAACAUCUGUUGCUAUUGUACUUCUGGUGGUGUGCCUUUGGUUUUUAUACAGGACACUUUUAAAAGAAUACUUUUAUUCUUUUCUUUCUUUUUUUUUUUGUUUACUUUGUGAUUUUUUUUUUGUAAUAGCCUCUUAGAAGCUUAAAAAUAAAUUUUUUUUCCCUCAGU